UUUUUUUUACGAGCAGAUCGAGCCCUCCACCCCGCUGGCUUUACAGUAAACAUGCAUGCACCCGCUGGAGGCUCAUACAAGAAGUCAGAGGAGACAAAGGGCACUGAUGAGCACAAGCCAAACUAUGGCUCUAUCCGUGAUGUCACGAGUCUGUUCCUGGUGAAAUCCAACACCACCAGCUGGUAGGAGUUGUGUCGGGGUGAAGACGGGUCCCCUUGCAUCAGUGCAAGUCAAGGCACAUAGCAGAAAGCACCGCCCGGAGGUACAGCCGCGCAGAGCAGAGCAGAGCAGAGCAGAGCAGAGCUGGAUCCGCUGUUGUGUUGGAGAGCUCUGAGCUUCCACCUCCCUCUCUGUGUCCCGCACAGCGGUCGAGUUCACACCGCAGCAGUCUGACUAGCUCCUCUCCGAGCAAACUUUUUUCUUUUUUUCCUCUCCUCCUUCCUAUGCAACUGUUGCGCGUCUCCACUUUGGAUAGAGAGAGCCUGGCCACUGCGCGCCGCAGAGCGCAGAGGAUCUGACGAGCUCACGUUUGAACGAGUUGGAGAGGUCUCUCCUCCGGGCUGCAGUACGAUGAGGAAACUCUGAGGUGGCAUUACUCCAACGUCCACUCUCACGCUUCCUUUGGCCGUCGCCAAAGGCUGAGCCCAUGAGCAGGUAUCCCCUUGAGUGUGAUUCUGUUUUCACCCAGAUCUCUGCUGCCUGGACAAAUGCAUACAAAUGCAUUUAGGAGCUCAACGGACAAGGAGUGGACACGUUUCCGCGGCAGCAACGUGGAACUUUAUCCUGCUCCUGUCAGUAUGCUCAGCAGUACUCUCUGGAGAAGAAGACUACCUAGCUCAAGGAGUGGAUAUCCUCUAUCGACUGGGACUUGCACCUCAAAGCAGUGCAGACAGUCCCUACAAGAGGACAAACUCACCUCUGACUACUCACACAACUAUUUCCUCACCUUUGAAUCUUCCUGUUUCUGGAUACGGGGUAUUAUUCGACUCAAACUCCCUCUAUGAGGCUCCAGCAGGCGAUCUUUUUCCGGAAAUUGGGGAGGAAUUUUCUGUUGUGGUUAGCCUAAGCUCCUGGCGAGCAAACAAUGCUUUUCUUUUUAGUGUCAAGGAUGGUAGGGACAGGCUGCGUUUUGGCAUUCAGCUGCUGCCACGCAGAGUGGUGGUCUACACUGCCGAAAAAGCCCCCAUCUACUUUACCUACAACUGGCAAGAUGGGCGGCAGCACCCUUUUGCUGUUGGUGUUCGUGCACGGUCAGUGUCCUUCUUUGCGGAUUGCGGGGCAGUGCAGCAGUGGGAGCACACCCUGGGGAGAUCUCAGACACUGAGGGAUUCUGGGGGUCUCUUCACUCUGGGGAGGAUGAACUCCAAAGCAGCACCAUUUAAUGGUCGAGUCUGCCAGCUAGAUAUCUAUCCCUCAGCCCAAGCUGCCGCGCACUAUUGCAACUACCUUAAAACACAGUGCCGGCUGGCCGACACUUACCGAUUGCCUUCCCCACAUCCUAGUUUGGAUAUUGAGGUAAAUGACCCUCCUUCUAACCCCUUGACCAAGUCCCUUGUUGGAGUAGCAGCUACCGAUCAAAUCCCCAUAAAAACCACAGCAGCUUUCAAACUGUCACGUGCUAGUUUGGUCACACAGUACUCAACUCUGAGCCCAUCAGUACAACCUAAUCUAGGGGAUCAAAGCCAAAUUUCCACAUUGGAGCCCUUUGCCCACUCCACCACAUCCUUGCUUCUGCCUGACAACCCUACCCUAACCACCCAUAAUGGACGAGCAAUUAUGGAUCUCACCUAUAGCACAACUAUCACCACUACUAAAAACGUGUUGGCAAAAGGGAGUAGCCCCCAGGGAGAUGCUGAUCUCUCUGAAAACAGCACAGAGGAAGAGAGCAGCUCAUGGAGCCUGCCGACUCCAGAUGCCACGCCGGGUCUGAUUUCCCCUGUCAGGCAAAGCCGAGUGAAGGAAGGACUCAGGAACAACUCCAUCACCAACUCCAGGGACUCUGGCUUUGUGCUCCAACAGAGUCAACAGGUCAUGAAGACUCACCUUAGGGCCAACGGCACCACUUUAUACCGGGAGAAUCAGGUGGACACCUCAGAACAGCAUAAUCUGGAUGGCAGCUAUGAUGAUGUAGACAUGGGAGGAUAUGAUUAUGGAUAUGAGGAGCCAGACUUCUUAUAUGACUAUGAAGAUGGUCUCCGUGGCCCCAAAGGAGAGCCAGGUCCUCCGGGUCCCCCUGGUCCUCCUGGCUUACCUGGUCCUCCAGGAAAAAGAGGUUCUCGGGGUCCCACUGGUCCACAUGGACACCCAGGACAGCCUGGACCACCUGGGCCCAAGGGUUCAAAGGGAGACCCCGGGCUGUCUCCAGGCCAGGCUCCACCAGGGGAGAAGGGUGACAGAGGUCCGCCGGGUUUGCCUGGGCUGGAUGGAUUUCAAGGUCGACCGGGUCCUAAAGGUUAUCCAGGGCCACUCGGACUGCCAGGAGAACAAGGUGUACCAGGACUUCCUGGGGAAGCUGGGGCUGCAGGUUACCCUGGCAGGCAGGGCUCAGCGGGGCCGCAAGGUAGCCCAGGGCCUAAAGGUGUCCGUGGUUUCAUUGGGCCUCCUGGUGUUGCGGGGCCACCAGGGCUGGAGGGGGAGACAGGCAAUCCUGGUCAUGUUGGAAAAGCUGGUCCCAAAGGAAGACACGGUGUGGUGGGUGAUGUGGGGGAAAGGGGACCUCCCGGUCCUGAUGGCAAUGAGGGGCCUGUUGGUGGGACUGGCAUUAGUGGCUUUCCAGGCCUGAGGGGGGACCCAGGGCCUGAGGGACUGCGAGGACUGCCUGGUAUGGUGGGACCUCAGGGCCCAGCAGGACGAGCCGGCCUGCCUGGAUUGAAAGGUGAUAAGGGUGAAGUGGGACAAAGGGGCCAACCAGGAGAGAUGGGGUACCAAGGUGACAAGGGUGCUGCUGGUGCGCCUGGUCCUACUGGGCCAAGAGGGAAGCCAGGACCAACGGGUCAAAUUGGUGAGAUGGGGGCACAAGGACCACCUGGUCCUCCAGGACCAGAGGGUUUUCCUGGGGACAUUGGAGUACCAGGGCCCAAUGGUCCUCCUGGGCCAAAGGGAUUGCAGGGUGCAAGAGGACCACAAGGCCCACCUGGCCCACAAGGACCACAGGGUGAUGAAGGACCACUUGGCCCACCUGGCAGCGCUGGCCCUACUGGGAGACCUGGAAGGAAAGGCUACAUUGGCGAACCUGGCCCAGAGGGUCUAGAGGGAGAGAAAGGGGACAUGGGAAAUGUUGGAAAAAUCGGACCACAAGGUCCACUAGGUCUGAUUGGGAUAGCCGGAGUGGUAGGAGUUCCUGGAGAAAAGGGUGACCGAGGACCAGCGGGUCCAACAGGUCCAGUCGGAGAGAAGGGGCCAAGGGGCUAUCCAGGGUUGCCGGGAAGUCCAGGCGACAUCGGCAUGCAAGGUGCACCUGGUCCACAGGGGCAGAGAGGAAGUCCAGGCAUCGCUGGGUCGAAGGGCAGGAGGGGGCCCCGGGGUCCAGAUGGCCCGCUGGGAGAACCAGGCCCUGAGGGCACCAAGGGUGAAAAGGGGGACACUGGACACAAAGGAGAGCCAGGAUUCAUAGGCAAAGCUGGCAGUCCAGGAGAGAGAGGCCCUCCAGGGAAACCUGGUAAACCAGGCAUUCCAGGCAGCACCGGGGAGAGAGGGCCCAACGGUGAACCAGGACUCAGAGGACCUCCUGGAGAGGCCGGACCUGAUGGAGAACAAGGACCUGAAGGCGGGCCUGGUGUAGAAGGGGAACCGGGUGCCAUUGGAGAAGUGGGGUUAAAGGGUGAUGCUGGGCCUCCAGGAGCUGAAGGGGAACAGGGACAGGAGGGAGUGAGAGGUCCUCCUGGUCCCCCUGGUGAAGACGGCCCUCAAGGGAAAGAUGGAGCCAAGGGGGAGCCUGGUGAUUGUGGACCAAUUGGAGAACCAGGAGACAAAGGAAUAGAAGGGGACCCUGGGCCCCCAGGACCCCCCGGAGAGCCUGGGAAACAGGGAUUUCGUGGGCCGGAAGGAAAACCAGGGACCCCAGGGAAUAGAGGACGACAUGGAAAGAAAGGCGAGCGAGGUCCAGUAGGACUUGCUGGCGAGGUUGGCACAAGAGGAGACAUCGGCCAGCCAGGCGAGGCGGGGCUGAAGGGUGCCAGGGGAACUCGAGGCACACCAGGUCGGCCUGGAGUCAUGGGUUUAGAAGGGCAACCAGGACUGGCAGGAUACACAGGUCACCCUGGCAAGCCAGGGCCCAUUGGACCACCAGGUCCUAAAGGUGAAAAGGGUUACCCAGGCGAAGACAAUAAGACCCCGGGACCACCAGGGCCCUUAGGUGAACCAGGGCCCCCAGGAGCACAAGGAGAGCGCGGAGAGCCAGGGGAUGAAGGAUAUCAGGGCCAUGUUGGUACCGUCGGACCUCGUGGAGCUAUUGGACGACAAGGCCCACCGGGAUCACCAGGCCACCAAGGAGAAACAGGUCCAAAAGGGGAGAUUGGAGCUCCAGGCUCAGCAGGAAAGAAAGGAGCGAGGGGCCUAAGUGGAUCCCCUGGCAUUGAAGGGCCAGUUGGUUUACCUGGACUCGUGGGAAUGACGGGUUACCCUGGGCCAGAUGGUCCCCCAGGACUGACCGGCUUACCAGGAUUACCAGGAAAACAGGGACGACAGGGUCAGAGAGGUUUGUCGGGUAAAGAGGGACCUGUUGGACGUCCAGGUCCCAGGGGAGAUGUUGGACUUCCUGGACAACCUGGAGAAAGAGGACCACCUGGUCAGAAGGGAGAACUAGGACUGCCAGGGGACAGAGGAGCCUCAGGAAUUAAAGGCAUGGAAGGGGGUACAGGUGACCAGGGCAGGAAAGGUGAAGUUGGACUCAAAGGACAACCAGGGGAAUCUGGAGAUGUGGGCUUGGUUGGCUUACGGGGCUUUCCAGGGCCAAUGGGUCCAAAUGGUGAUAUGGGAUUCAGAGGCUUUCCUGGCCCUAAAGGCCCAAUGGGUACUUGGGGAUUCACUGGACCUGUAGGCCCUGAAGGAAUGAUGGGCCCAAUGGGAAAACCCGGGCCAAGGGGUCCAAAGGGAAGUGGUGGCGAAAUGGGGCCUCAAGGACCACAGGGAAGUCCCGGACCCAGAGGACCUCCCGGUGCUCCAGGUCCAACAAGGCAGAUAUAUGAUGACUCAGCAGUCUACAGUCUAUCUGACUCGAACGCUGCCCUCAGGACAGAGAGUUUCCAGAACACAGAGAUCAGCUUGUUGGAACAGAAUACAGAGAUUCUUAAGACUCUACAUUAUCUGAGCAGUGUAAUCGAGAGCAUCAAAAAGCCACUGGGCACGCGGGAGAACCCAGCUCGUGUCUGCAAGGAUCUGCUUGACUGUCGUCACAAGCUCAAAGAUGAUUGGUUCUGGGUCGAUCCAAAUGUCGGCUGCACUUCUGAUGCCUUCAAAGUCUUCUGCAACUUUACUGCAGGAGGGAUGACCUGUUUACAUCCAGUGGCCUCCAAUAAGAUGGUGUUUGGUGUAGGGAAAGUCCAGAUGAAGUUUCUCCAUUUACUGAGCACUGAGGCCAGCCACAGCAUUACAGUUCACUGCCUAAAUGAUCCUCCCUAUGGCACCACAGACAGCUUCAGCUCCACUGGAUCCACACUGCAAGAGAACACCACGCUUCGGUUUCGUGGCUGGAACAAACAGAUGUUUGAGAAAGACACUUUACUUGAACCACAUGUGCUACAAGACGACUGCAAGAUCCAAGAUGGCAGCUGGCACCAGUCACGUUUCUUCUUCCACACUCAGGAUAGUCGUCAGCUACCCAUUGUAGACAUACAGGAAUCUCCCACAUCACAACCCAGUAGUCAGCAGCGUAUAGAAAUUGGUCCAGUCUGCUUCCUCUGACACUAACAUCACCUUCAUGUGGCUUACUUUCAUGAGCUACUAAAAUAUAAGGCUGUCACACAAAAUGGCUGCCUACCAAAGAGUGAGUGUCCAUCAGACUUUGUUAUGGAAGCCGUUAAUGAGACCUGUCAGAGCAACAGAGGUUCAGCCACAGGCAGAUCAAGAUGGAAGAACUCUCUGUGGAACAUCCAGGCUAGGAAGGCCAACGGAGAACAGUGUAUACCAAUAUUUAUCGAUAAUUGUGUAAAGUAUGUCAAUGUCAAUGAUUGUUAGUCAAACGGUGCUUAGGUUGGCUGUAUAUGGACCGAUGUUACUCCCUGAUAAGAGGGCGGGGCCUUACUAAGCAGCAGCCGAUCCAAAAGUCACUCCUCCUUCUCACCCCCAAACACACCAAGACCAUCCUAAGCAGAGGCCCAACCCGAAGGAGCGUGACAGGCCUCUUCAUAGGAGCACUGUCUAACUAACAGUUUUUAUGAGUGCAAUAGCAUGUGGGUAAUGUGUGACUGCUUUAAAUAUUUCAUUUUCAUCAAAGGCUAUAUUUUACAUUGUUUUCAUGAUGUUUUUGUCUCCGGUCCUGCCCAGAUGGACCUGUACAUCUUGACGGAUGGUGCUCUACCUCUACCCGCUCAUUCGCUUCCUUUUUUUUUUUUUUUUUUUUGCCUUUGUGUUAUAUGUACCGGUUACAUAAAGAUUUGUUAUGUUGUUUAAGUACUUAUGUUGAUUUGGUCAUUUCUAAUUUAUGAACCAUUUUUUGAUACACUACAUAUUUUUUUGUAGCUUUUUCUUUAUUUGGUAGGUUGUUCAGGGGAAACCUAUCAUUGGUGCUGCAACAGAAUGAGUCAUCAGUGAGUUUUUACAUUUCCUGUGUAUAUAUUGACAGCAUACUGUAUGUUUAUUUAUAUCCUUUUUGGUUUUAUUUUGUUCACAUUACUGUACCGCAGUAAGUUAUACUCUCAGAGAACUAUUUGGUCAACCACAGCUCAGUCUAAAGAAGUAUUUAUGUUUAAAAGGUGUGUUUGUGUGUUCACACCUGUGACUGUACGUGUAUCAUACUGUUAUUUCAGCUCAUUCAGCGGUGGUGUGGUGGACUGGCAGCUACAAUAAGCCAGAGUCAGAAUACACAGAAAACACAGUCAUCAUAUUCUUAACUUAUAUUACCUUGAACAAAGUGUAAUUAUAUAAAGUUUGUGGAGGAUAAGGUUGGAUGCAAAUGUGUAAAUAAUUAAAAAAAAAGUUGUCAAAUAAAUGGAACAUGUUA